AUGGCUUCAUAUAAUCUUGUCAUCCUGUGUUGCAAUCGAAUUUACGAACUAUUUGUUAAUCCAAAUCUGUCAAAAAGCGAAAUUGUUGAACGCAUUGGUUCACAUUUCGACCUUAGCCAAAACUCAUUUUAUGUUCAAAUUUAUGAUGAACGAUUUCUCGAUUACAUUGAUUUUGAUGAAGAAUAUGCAGAAGAACUUCAACAGCGAUUGCCUCGUACACAUACGACAACGCUGAAUGCUAUAGUUACAUGUUGGUAUCGAAAUGGUUCCGAGAAACCUUCUGUUCAAUCUGACGAUAGACUGCUAGCAACUAAUGAAACUGAUAUUGAUAUAUUUGGUAUUUCUCCAUCGGAAAACCCACUACCAAUCGACCGGAACUCAGAGCUCGACCUACCAUUACCGGAUAAUUCACUGCUAUCUAAUAUUAUUGAAACAACUUUGUUCGAAACUUCUGGCACAACAUCGCGUGUGAUCUUCACACGCGAUGUGGCGCCUUAUCAGAGACAAUACUAUCAAUCUGAUUUCUGCUAUAAAGGGAAGAAAAUACGAACAGAAAAAAAUUACUACAUUUCACGUGUACAAGCUGUUAAAGGUUGUCUCGAUGCAAAAUAUGCUUCUGUUCUACCCGAAAUAAAAAUUCCACUAAACUACCUGCAAUACAAUCAAUUGAAACUUUUUGUCUCUAUUGUCACAGAAGAACGCAAAGAAGACAAGGUCACGUGGCGCUUGCAUACGAGAAAAGGCUUUCUAGCUGCAGGUGCUGAAACAAAUACACCGCAUAUGAAUCCCAUCCGUGUUAAUAUUCAAAAAUCAGAGUUAACAGAGGAUGGUAUCUUUAGGUUAAAACUGAGAAUGUUUCAGAUUUGUCAAAAACAUCGUGCAGAAGACGGUGCCAUUUUUCAUGUUCUUCCUUUAUGUACUGUCCAAGAUCUUCAUCCUGCUCACCAUGUACCUAACACACCAAGACUCAUUUGUGUUAUGGCUAAUGAGAAUGAGGAUAUUCAGUGGGAAACACUCGGUUUAUCCGAUUUCAUUCGCCCAAUCACUUCCCGUACACGCAAGCGCAAAACGGACUGGUACACUUCGUCGCGAUCACUUCGGCACAGUCACUUCGGCACAGAUGAGGGUGUGACUGAGAACAAUAAUCAUACACAUCCUCACCCAUAA